AUGAAGGGGGGAAUGGGGAAGGUGGCGGUCGGGGCGGCGGCGAUCGGGGCAGCUGUUGCGGUCGGGGUGGCGGUUCUCCUGGUGAGGCGGCGGAUGAGGGGCUCCGGCAGGUGGGCCCGCGCCAUGGCGAUCGUGGACGAGUUUGAGGAGAAGUGUGGGGUCCCGUUGGGGAGGUUGGGGCAGGUGGCGGAGGCGAUGACGGUGGAGAUGCACGCCGGGUUGGUGUCUGAAGGUGGCAGCAAGCUGAAGAUGCUGAUCAGCCACGUCGAAAAUCUCCCCACUGGAGAUGAAAGAGGAGUUUAUUAUGCACUGGAUCUUGGUGGAACAAAUUUCCGAGUCUUGAGAGUCCAAUUAGGAGGUAAAGAAGGAGGAAUAGUUCAUCAGGAAUUCACCGAGGCAUCAAUUCCCCCGGAGUUAAUGUGCGGGACUUCAGAUGCGCUUUUCGAUUAUAUUGCUGAAAAACUCGCGAAAUUCGUUAAUGAAGAAGAACAAAUAUUUCAUGAUCAACUUCCCGGAAGGCAGAGGGAGUUAGGUUUCACUUUCUCAUUCCCCGUGAUGCAAAAUUCGAUAAAUAGUGGGACCAUUAUUAGGUGGACCAAGGGUUUCUCCAUUGACGAUGCUGUUGGCCAAGAUGUCGUGGCUGAACUUGCAAAAGCUUUGCAAAGAAAAGGUGUUCAAAUGCGUGUGGCAGCUCUGGUUAAUGAUACGAUAGGAACAUUAGCUGGAGGAAGAUAUACGAACAAUGAUGUUGAUAUUGCCGUUAUUUUGGGAACUGGAACUAAUGCUGCAUAUGUCGAACGUGUACAAGCCAUUCCAAAGUGGCAUGGUCCUUUGCCUAAAUCUGAAGAAAUGGUUAUAAAUAUGGAGUGGGGUAACUUCAAGUCAUCUCAUCUUCCACUUACCGAGUAUGACCACAGAUUGGAUGCCGAAAGUUUAAACCCCGGCGAACAGAUAUUCGAGAAAUUAACUUCUGGAAUGUACUUGGGAGAAAUUUUACGGCGAGUUUUGCUUAAGUUGGCUGAGGAAGCUUCCUUCUUUGGUGUUGGAGUUCCUCCCAAACUUAAGACUCCUUUCAUUUUGAGAACUCCGGACAUGUCAGCAAUGCAUCACGAUACAUCGUCUGAUCUGGGAGUGGUCGGCAGCAAAUUGAAGAAUAUACUAGAGAUAUCCCACACCUCACUGAAAACAAGAAGAGCUGUCGUCCGCCUCUGCCACAUCAUCGCGACACGUGGCGCCAGGCUGGCAGCUGCUGGGGUCCUUGGGGUCCUGAAGAAAAUGGGAAGGGACACUUUGAGAGACGAUGGGAAAAAAACGGUUAUAGCCAUGGAUGGGGGACUAUACGAGCAUUACCAAGAAUUCAGGGAGUGUUUGGAGAAUACAUUACAGGAGUUGCUCGGGGAGGAAGUUGCGCAAAGCAUUAGAGUCGAGCAUUCGAACGAUGGCUCGGGUAUUGGGGCUGCCCUCCUUGCAGCCUCCAACUCGUUAUACGUUGGUGACAAGUCAUCGUCAUGA